GAAAAGAAAAGGUUUUCUAAACGACUUGUCGUGUGCCUUACAAAAAAUCAAGUCCGAAAAUUUGCACACGCAAAGAAGCAGGGCAGAGGAAAUGUCGGGCUUACCAGACGAGCUAUGGAGGCAAAUCCUGGAAAUCGGAAUCCGAAACUCCAAAUUCAGCUAUAAAGAUCUCUGUUGCAUCUCUAUCUCCUGCAGACGUCUCCACCGGUUAUCCAGUGAGGACUCUCUCUGGUCUCAGUUCCUCUUCUCAGAUUUCCCUUCAACAUCCCAGCAACAAAACCCUAGCAGCAACUACUGUCGUUCCACUUCAACAUCGGCCAAAUCUACCUACAGAAUCAAGUUUGAAAAGGAAAAGGAGAGGAAGUUAGCGGCGCAUAGGAGGGCGGUGCUUAGAAAAGAAAGUGAAAUUGUGGAGCGCGAGAGGAAGAUAAAGGAAAUAGAGACCCAAUGGCGUCUAGAGACAGAGAAAAUGAGAGCCACCUCUACCGAAUUGUCCAAUUUACACAAGGUCAGGCAAGCUUCUGUGGCUUUGAAUGUGUGGCAACCAGAGGUAGUUAGGGGUAGGCAAAAGCAAAUAGUGGAGCAAUGUGUAGUUUCUGUUGUAUCUCGAGUUCAUUCACUUGAGAUGGAGCUUAGGCUUUGUAAGCAACAAAUAGCAGGUUUCAACAAGGCCCAUAAAGAUGAGAUGCAAAGGCUUGAGACUGCAAAGGAAGAGUUAGCAUACAUGAAGUAUCAUCCUUUACAAGACUAUAGGUUGACCCGUAAGGGGGAUAAUGAAGGUGACAAAAAGAGGAAGAAGUUGAAAAGAAGUGUUAAACUUUCCUGAAGAUCAUGAGCAGGCAUCAAAGUAGUAGAAUAGCAGCAUUGCUAUUGCUCAUUUCUAGUUACAUCCAACUAGACUUGGUCUCUGGAAAGUUGCUGGACUUGUCUCUACAUGCCAUUCACAUGCUUUGCAACAGCUACUUCUCAAUAGGAAGGUUAGUCCAGAAUUCAUGUGUGAGAAAUUAUGGAUGGUCAAGUAGUCGAAACCCAAUUUGGGCUGCCGAUGUUAAGAUUGCCUAUUGUUAUCAUCAGCAUGUAUGGAAAUGGUAAUAUUGUAGACUUUAUUUAUAAUCAAUAAGAAGAAACCGCUGGGGUUCCCUGAACUCCAAGAAUUUCAGGGAUUUAAA